AUGGAGGAGAAACAAGAGUACCUCCGGAAGGAGUCCGAAAUCGGAACCCUCCGUUCUGUGGCCCUUGGAGCCGUCGCCAUCACCGCGUUCUCUCUUGGAACCUCGAUCUUGCUCCUUCCACUUCUCUUCAGUCAUGCUCAGACCGUUCAGUCCAGUUUGGAGCACGAGUUGCAGUUCUGUGUCUUGAGGUCUCAUGAUUUGUGGGAUGAGCUUAACAAGAUCGAGUCCUUCACCGGAAAACAAUCCCGUAUCAAGAGACAAUACAUGACCGGACCAGUCGGAGGUGGUGGUUAUGGAGGUGGCGGACAUGGAGGAUACGCCCAAGGUGGAGGUUACGGAGGACACCAAGGAGGUGGAUACGGAGGACAUCAAGGAUACGCCCAACGCCCAGUCCCACAACCAGCUCCAGUUUAUCGCCCAGCCGCGCCAGUCUACCAACCACAACCACAAACCCAAUCAUCCAUCUGCAUUUUCGGGCCACCAGGACCACCAGGAUUCCCAGGAGCCGAUGGACAGCCAGGACGUGAUGGAGAGGCUGGAGCACCAGGACAGCCAGGAAGAGAUGGAGGAAGCUCAUACGGAGCACCACCGGCCAAUGAUUGCCAGACAUGCGCACCAGCUAGACAAGGACCACCAGGACCACCAGGACCAAUGGGACAACCAGGACAGCCAGGAGCACCAGGACAAGCUGACACUUCUUCCUCUGUCGGACCACCAGGGCCACCAGGGCCAGGAGGACCACCUGGACAAGAUGGGCAUCCAGGAGAGGCUGGAGCACCAGGAGCACCAGGACAAGUUGUUCAAGGACCAGGAAGCGUUGGACCACCAGGACCACCAGGACCAGUCGGACCAGCUGGACCAGACGGGCAACCAGGACAUGGAUCAGGAGGUCAGCCAGGACCACAGGGACCACCUGGAGAUGAUGGACAACCAGGACAGCCAGGAGCCGCUGGACAGAAUGGGCCACCAGGAAAGGAUGGAGGUUCCGGAGGACAAGGAGCAUGCGAUCAUUGCCCGCCACCAAGAGUCGCUCCGGGAUAUUAA